AUGCGCGCCCGCGCAGUCGCGCCCGCGCCAGCCAUGGCGGCCGCCGGCCUGCCCGAUGUCGACAUUAAUCUUCCUCAGAUUAAAACGCGCUCCAUCGAGAAAACGCUACUCCCACUCAUCAAGCAGAUUAGCAGUCUCGUGGCUACAAGAGGUGAGGCGGCGGCGGGCGGCGCGGCGGUGCAGCGUGUAGGCGCCGCCGUCUGUUGCGCCGUCGAACGUUUCGUGGCCGUGGGCGAGACCAUCGCAGACGACAACCCUGACGUACGCCAUAGCAUGGUGCUCGCGUGCAAAGAAGCUCGGGCUGCAGGUCGUGCGAUAGAGCGAGUGUGCGCAGGUGCUGACGGCGCCGGCAUGGUGACGGCGGCGCGCGCGCUGCUCGCCUCCGUCACCAGGGUACUCCUUUUGGCCGACAUGGUCGUUGUGAGACAACUUCUACUAGCUAAAGAUAAGGUGGCGCGAUCGUUAGAUCGGUUAGAGUCAGUGUCCAACUUCGCGGAGUUUGUACGUGCCUUCACGGAAUUUGGAGGAGGGAUGGUAGAGUUGGCGAGACUGACAGCAGAACGGAGAGCAGAUCUUCGCGAUGAAAGAAGACGAGCGCAAGUCGCUGCCGCAAGAAACGUCCUAGAACGAUCAACACUUAUGCUACUUACCUCGUCUAAGACAUGCUUGCGGCAUCCAGGGAGCGCAUCUGCUCGAGAGAACAGGGACACGGUGUUCUGUCAGAUGAGGCGAGCGAUGGACCUUAUACACUACGUGGUGCGCGACGGCCUCCCCGGUCAUGAAGAGCACUCGCACGAGUUGCAACCUUUUUCGGAUAGUCACGAGCAGGCUGCACAGUGGGAGGCGGGUACAGCACUAGGCGCACUGCGCGGUUUGUCAACGCAAGUUCGGGCUGCCAGAGCGCGCGGUGGCGCGGACGGGUCCAGGAGAAGGGCGCUCGCUGCCACGCUAAGGGCCCUCGUCGAAAGAACCCACGACUUCACCGACUCCGCAUACACCUCACAUGAGCACAGACAAAGGAUACUCGCGCUCGCUGAACGAAUAGCGUACGAACUAGAGAGAUUAGUUGCUGUCGCCGUAUCUUUAGAAGAGCAAGGAGGUAGCGGUACUGGAGCAGCUCUGGAAAGCGCCUGUACAGGAGCUACCAGUGCAGCUUCAGAACUCGAACGGGCCCUCGUAGUUGCAGCUAGAGAUCAAGCACGUGAUUUGGCGCCGCUUGCCGAUGAAGCAAGAAAACUUGCCUCCGACCUUGCACAUAUAGCUAGUUCCUGUGGUGAGAGAGAAUCCGAGAGACUGCACAAUAUAGCGAGUCAACUGCACGAGCAGUUAGAUCACAUAAUUGAGGUAUGCAAAUUACUUAGGCAUAUAACGAUGUCAGAAACGUUACAAGUAAGCGCAAAGUUUGCUGAGAUAAACUUGCGAAUAUACGGUCCUCAAGUGGUGACUGCGGCGCGGACGCUGGCGGCGCACCCGAGCAGUGCCGCGGCGCGAGAGAACCUAGACGUGUUCGUAGAUAUGUGGGCGUGGCUGCUGGCUGACGCGGCGCGGCUUGCCAAAGAACUGCUUGACUUGACUGACGAACGGCCUGACAAACAACAGUAUAGUAGUUUACCAAGGCCUGGAAAACAUGGUACAACAAGCAAACCUUUAAAAGCAGUACGAUUAGAUUCUGAUGAACAAGCGAAAAUUGCCAAGUCAGGGUUAGAAAUGAAAAUGAUGUCGUCUGAGAUGGAUGCCGAGACUGAAAAAUGGCAAGGUGCGGACGAAAAUAAUGACAUUGUGAAGAGGGCAAAAAAUAUGUCUUCCAUGGCCUUCGCUAUGUACCAGUUCACAAAAGGUGAAGGUCGCCUCAACACUACACAAGACCUCUUCACACAAGCUGAAUACUUUGCGGAAGAAGCUAAUAGAUUAUAUAAAAUCGUUCGCCAAUUUUCUUAUCAGGUGCCUGCUGGAACGAUAAAAAAGGAACUCUUGGAGCAUUUAGACAAAGUACCGACCUAUGUUCAACAGCUUCAGUUCACAGUGAAAGAACCUACCGUCGGACGAGCGGCUACUUUUAGCAAAGUGGAUAAUGUAAUUCAAGAGACCAAGCACCUUAUGAAUGUAAUAAGUAAAGUCGUCACUACGUGCUUCGACUGCGCAAAUAAGGGUCUUAUACCGUUGGACAAAGCGAUAAACAAAACCUCAACAAAUACAGGGGGCGAUUCGUACAAAUUGGACUUCACGGGUCUAUCGGCUGCGGGAGCAGGGCGCGGCAGUUCGCGAGACGACGAGGCGGCGGGAGGAGGCACCGGGGACGCGAAGCCGGGAGGGAGUACGUCCGACACGGCCAUG